CGGUGGAAUCGAAGUUGGGAGGUCUUUAUGCAAGAUCCCGGGAAUGUUAUUUUGAUGUAGGCGGGUGGAGAACCAAGCCAAGGCCUCCAUGCUUCGUACCAUGUCGAUUUCCAAACCAUGGGUGCUCGUACUCGUCAUACAGGUGGGAGGGAAGGAGAUGGACAAAACUGACAGCUCCUGCACUCAUGCCCCCGCUGUUAUGGAAGCUGGGAAAUGCUGUUAUAAAAGAGAAGACAACUUGACUUGUACGUUGAUGGACAUAUAUCGAACAUAUAUAGUUUGCGUUCCACAAUGAUGAUGACAGCUCGACUCCCGGGAGAGGCCGAGAGAGGCAGGAAUUGUGACAGACGGUGGUUCGCCGAGAUCGCCGUGAUCCAACUACGAACUUGUGAACGGUAGCGUCUUUAAAUAUAUGCUAUUGGAGCUGGAAUUACCGAGGACGGGAAAAAAGUGCAUCUAUAUGCCGCCGAGGGCCUCCGUGAUGUGGCUAUUUGUUCACGAGGCUCCGGAGCUCUGCGGUCUGAUAUCACAUUCUCAAAUUAUGGAGAAAUUGGUCAUGGCUUAACAAGAAUGACACACCCUUUGUGGGACAAAUAAAUAGGGGAGAAUUGAACAUCUCCAUACAAGAUUUGGAGCCCGGCGAGGACAGAAGAUCAACGCAAUCAUGACUGCAAUCACGACUGCAAUCACGACUGCAAUUUCUGCUAUCAUCAUCCUACUCUUACUGAUCGGUGUUUGCCCUACCGCAUCACAGGAUGAAAUUGGCUUAGACAACCUUGGCGUCAGUGACAGUAUCGCAGGGGCAAACGUGAACACAACAACAUUUCUGACACAUGGUGACAUUGCCCCCAAUUUACAAAGAAAUGCAGUUCCUUGCACAAGAAGAGGAUGCAAAUGGCCUAAGUGGGGAAGACGCGUCUAUGUGCCUGUCACUAUUUCAUCCCGAUUCACCAGCCAAGAGCGCAGAACAAUCAUUCGUGCUUUAGUGAGUUUUCAUCGGAGCACAUGCAUUCGCUUUAUGUGGAAACGCAGUUGGCAAAAAACCUAUCUGCACUUUUUCUCUGGAUCUGGGUGUUGGUCAUACCUUGGUCGUCAAAGGGGAAGGCAGCUAGUCUCUUUGCGGAAAAAUGGCUGUGUGCGCCAUGGCAUUGUGCAACACGAGGUUCUUCACGCUCUUGGAUUUCACCAUGAGCAAGUUCGGUCUGACCGAGAUGCUCACGUCAGAAUUUUGUUUCAGAACAUAAUUUCAGGAUUUGAAAGGAACUUUCAGAAGGUGAACACCAACAACUUGGGUACUCCCUAUGACUUUGACUCCAUCAUGCAUUACAGCAAAUUUGCCUUCUCCAAAAACAGACAACCAACUAUUGUCGCUAAAAGAGACCCUGGCCGUAUGUUUGGUCUUUCAUCAAGCAUGACUCGCAAUGACAUCGCACGUGUCAAUGCUCUAUAUCGAUGCCGUAGGUAUUAAAAUCAAAGUUUUGUGCAUGACAACGAUGUUUUGGAUCUUCACCUUUUUCUUCCAUGUUUUGAAUCAUUUUAAAUGAUUGUUAACCUGAACUUUGCUCAUGUUCAUUUGGGCUGAAAACAUUACGUACAGAAUAUUACUUUUUUUCUGUAAUCUUUGUAAAUUCACGCUAACACUAAUUACACAAGCUUUGAGCAUCAGUUCCAUUGUGAUAACAAGCAGAUUUCAUAAUCAGCUUUAAUAUGCCAUUUGCUCCUCUGACAAUAUAACUAGGUGUGCAAUGAAUGUAUUGUACGUGCCGUGUGAAGUAGGUAUAUUUAUAGUGACUUCAAUGUAAACCGUGUGACCUAAUUCGAAUGACUUUUGUCCCAGUUUUACAAGAAUUACUGGAAUUGAUUUGUAUCUUCUACUCUUAGUUUUAAGGAAUAUCAUAUGUAAUAGUAAACAUUUUUUAGACAGUUUUAGUCAGUAAAGAUAUCAUUCAUGCGUGAAUAAGGCAAUUUUGGAAAACUAUUCUAACUAGUAUAUUAGAAAAUUAAAGCAGAGAACAUGGUAAUUUAAAAAUCUUGU